UGCGCAUGCGUGCUAUUGUCUGGGUUGCAAGUCAGAAAACAUGGCGGCGACGUUGCUGAGGUCGCUGGGCAAGCUCGGACGUCCUUCAACCGCAAUUUUAAAUCAUGCUGUUGUGAGUCCGGGAUGUAUGGUCCUACAGAACAGGCAAAAGCAAUGGCAGCCGGAUGUAGAGUGGGCAGAGCAGUAUGGGGGUGCUGUCAUGUACCCCAGCGCCCUCACUGACAAGUGGGUCCCCCCCCCAUGGAACGAUAAGGACCCCCCCGUGGAGAAAGAGGUGUCAAACCUGACCAUUAACUUCGGGCCUCAGCAUCCUGCGGCCCACGGCGUGCUGCGCCUGGUGUUGGAGCUGAGCGGGGAGUCGGUGAAGAAGUGCGACCCUCACGUUGGCCUGCUGCACCGCGGCACGGAGAAGCUCAUCGAGUACAAGACCUACCUGCAGGCCCUGCCGUACUUUGACCGCCUGGACUACGUGUCCAUGAUGUGUAAUGAGCAGGCCUACUCUCUGGCCGUGGAGAAGCUGCUCAACAUCCAAGCGCCGCCCCGCGCACAGAUGAUCAGAGUCCUGUUUGGAGAGCUGACCCGUAUCCUGAACCACAUCAUGGGGAUCACCACCCACGCCCUGGACAUCGGGGCCAUGACACCCUUCUUCUGGAUGUUUGAGGAGAGAGAGAAGAUGUUUGAGUUUUACGAGCGUGUGUCUGGCGCUCGGAUGCAUGCGGCGUAUGUCCGCCCCGGAGGAGUUCAUCAGGAUAUGCCCCUAGGUCUUAUGGAUGAUAUUUAUGAGUGGUGUAAGAACUUCUCUCUCCGCGUCGAUGAGGUGGAAGAGAUGUUGACCUUCAACCGCAUCUGGAAGAACCGGACCGUAGACAUCGGCAUCGUCAAGGCAGAGGAUGCCCUGAACUACGGCUUCAGUGGUGUAAUGCUGAGAGGAUCUGGCAUUAAGUGGGACUUGAGGAAGUCCCAGCCUUACGAUGGGUACGAGAAGAUGGAGUUUGACGUCCCCAUUGGCACCAAUGGAGACUGCUACGACAGGUACCUGUGUCGAAUGGAGGAGAUGCGCCAGUCCCUGAGGAUCAUGAUUCAGGCUCUUAACCAGAUGCCUGAGGGCGAGAUCAAAGUGGAUGAUGCUAAAAUCGCCCCACCCAAGAGAUCUGAGAUGAAGAUGUCCAUGGAGUCUCUUAUCCACCACUUCAAGCUCUACACUGAGGGCUACCAGGUGCCCCCUGGAGCCACAUACACGGCUGUGGAAGCACCCAAGGGUGAGUUUGGUGUGUACCUGGUGUCAGACGGCUCCAGUAGACCUUACCGCUGCAAGAUCAAAGCCCCCGGAUUCACCCACCUGGCUGGCCUGGACAUGAUGGCUCAGGGACACAUGCUGGCUGAUGUGGUGGCCAUCAUUGGUACACAGGACAUUGUGUUUGGAGAAGUGGACCGUUAACCGGACACACCCCGACAUCUCCGCUAACUCUGUUUGUGUGUUCAUCCGCCUGCAUUCAACUUGUGCGUGUGGUUACACACACACACACACACACACACACACACACACACACACACACACACACACACACACACACACCUGUUGUAUAAACCGUAUAAACUUCAUAGAUAUUUUAAAGAAUAGGAUAUGAAGGCCAAUGCAGCCGGUCUUUUUGUGAAGAGGUCUUUAUUGCAGAUGUCCCGCGAUCAUUAUCUGCAUUAACUAAUGUACUGUAAAUAAACCAAGCUGCUCUCAUCA